AUGAAUGACAGCCCUCCAACAUCUGAGAACAUCAUGUUUCACCAGCUGACUGCAGAUACUCUGAACGGUAGCUGUGACUAUACCUUGCCCACGUGUAACAAUAGCACAGGUGAAGCGGCAUUGCAGCUGCCCACCUUUUCCAUGGCAGCAAAAGUGAGGGUGAUAAUUACCUUCACUCUUUGCGCAGUGUCAGCUGUGUGCAACCUCUCUGUGUUGUGGGCUGCCAGCACCAACAACAAGCGCAAAUCCCAUGUAAGAAUUUUAAUCAUAAACCUCACCGUUGCUGACCUGCUGGUGACUUUCAUCGUGAUGCCAGUGGAUGCGGCUUGGAACAUCACGGUUCAGUGGUUGGCAGGGGAUCUGGCUUGCAGAUUUCUAAUGUUUCUGAAGCUUGUGGCAAUGUACUCCUGUGCCUUCGUGACUGUGGUCAUAAGCCUGGACAGGCAGUCAGCCAUUCUCAACCCUCUGGCCAUCAAUAAGGCUAAGAAGAAGAACAAAAUAAUGCUGAGCGUGGCCUGGGUGAUGAGUGUUGUUCUCUCUGUCCCUCAGAUGUUCUUGUUUCACAAUGUGACUAUCACGGUGCCAGCCAAUUUCACUCAGUGCACCACUCGAGGGAGCUUUGUCAAACACUGGCAGGAGACCAUCUACAAUAUGUUUACUUUCAUUUGCCUCUUCCUGAUACCUCUGGCCAUCAUGAUCUGCUGCUACACAAGGAUUUUGGUGGAGAUCUCUCGAAGGAUGACCAAAGGAAACAUAUCUUCAAAGGAGGUCCACUUACGGCGUUCCAACAGCAACAUCCCGAAGGCCCGUAUGAGGACUUUGAAGAUGAGCAUAGUCAUAGUGACGUCUUUCAUAGUUUGCUGGACGCCGUACUACUUGCUGGGUCUCUGGUACUGGUUCCUUCCUGAGGAUUUAGAAGAGACUGUUUCUCACUCACUGACUCACAUACUGUUUAUUUUUGGACUCUUUAAUGCAAUUCUGGAUCCCAUCACCUAUGGUCUCUUCACCAUCCAUUUCCGCAAAGGACUGAAGCGCUACUGUCACAACGCGGUCGUACUCACAGAGUCAGAGAAUAAUUCCAUCAUGACGGGCUCAUUGAAAUGCUCACCAUCCCCAUUUCGCAUGAAAAGAGUGACCCAGACGAGUCCAGGAGCUGACCCGAAGCAGAAUACGGUGCUGACAGUGAAAACAAGGAAUAGUGGCAACCCUACCAAUCCAGCCUUGAAAGAGUCAUUUGAUUAA